AUGCAUGUCUUUUCUUCGUCGCUUCUUCUUCUUCUAGGACUACUAUUGCUGGUGAGCCCCUCCACUUCAGCUCCGCAACGUCUCAGAAGACCUGGUCGAACUGGUAAUGGCAGUGGCAACGGAAAUGGAAAUGGCAAUGGAAAUCGGAAUGGAAAUGGCCAAACCGCGCAGACAGGACGUGGUGGCCGCGGUGCCAUAAACGCGGCGAACCCUGGAGUCAACGCAGCCUUUGAUGGUACUCCGGUAGGAACGGUAAAGACUGGGACAGCUACAGACGGAUCAACCGUCCUGGACAAAACAGUCUUGCUGAAUGGUCUUCCCAUUCGAUACAGAGUAUCAGGUCCAGCAUCCCAAUUCAAAGCCGCCUCUGGGAUACAAGUUGCAACAGCGGCUGCUAAUCAGACUGGUACUAUGGGGAUAAACGUCCUUCUCCAUGGAGACGGCGGACAAUCAUUCUUCGACUUCCCCAACCAAGCAGUGCAGCAGAACCUGAUGGGCGUAGUCGCCCUAGCUCCUGAUCCAAAUCUAUUCUGGGGUGGCGGCAGUGGUGCCAACCGGGUCGAUGGUGUUGCACACUCGGCUGCCGUGAACGCUCUCAUCACUCAGGAACUCCCCAAAGUCAUCGCCUUCGACCAAUCCCAGACCUUCUUCACCGGCGUCAGCGGCGGCGCUCUCCUGCUAUCCGGCUUCUACGUCCCGGCGUUCAUGUCACAGUUCAAGACCGGCGUGCUCCUCAACUGCGGUGCGCUGCCACCACAAGUACCGUUCAAGGACGCGGCCGCAACGCUCAGCGCGACGACGAUCCAUUACCAGAGCACACAGCAAGAACUCGCCCUGAUUCAAGAGCAACUGCCCCUGACCAUCACGGCCUACGAAGAUUUGGCCGCCCAGGCUGGCUUGUCGACUGCCCAGAUCAACGCGUUGCAGACGGUCAAUAAUUCUCCCAACGGCGGACACUGUGAAUUUGACGAGCAGGGUUUCGUUUCCGGCAUUCAGCUCAUGGCUGAUAACUAUGCCAAUGUCAUCCAGGCCGGGGGUAAUGGCCAGGUGACCGGGAUCGGCAACGUUAAACAGGGUGUCGUUGGCAAUGAAAACCUCGCCUUCUCCGGCGCGACCUAA